GCGAGACGAGUCAAGCGGACGUGGUGCGCGCGCGCGCUCGUGUGCUAUUACUAUGGUGUUUUCGGUGUGCAAGUGAUACAUUCGAAAGGAGGGAGUGUGAUACACAUUUCGAUACAAUGUUGAGUGGCGAGCAUCAGCAGAUAGCAGCAGUGGAAGUCGGUUCGCCGAAGAGGCGAUCGACGUUCUACGUGUCUUUGGACAAGAAACAACAAGGCUUUCCAUUGCUCGCUUCCAAGACGGCGCCCAACGUGCCAUUACUCAUGAGAUCGCCGCAAGAUACUAGCAGCAGUGGCAGCGGUAAGAAAGUCGUCGGCGAGCCAAGGGCAUUAGAACCAAAGGGCAAAGUGCAGUCGUUGACAAGGAUUUUCGAAGCGCCCAAGAACAACGGCAGCAACAAUAAUAACAACAGCACGAAUAAGUCGAACAUGGAAAGCAGCGAAGCGAGGAAAAAAGUUGAGCGUACGAGGUCGUUUAAGACGAUCGAGCGCUUUCAAAAUCGAUUCGUCGGCAAGAAAGAUCCAAACCGACUAAACAAAACGCAGUCCAGUGUCGAGGUUAACAAAGAUCUCCAGCGACGAAGUAGUAAACACGAGGAGCCACCAGCUGCACCGACAGUCGAGAGACGCCCGGUCAUUCAACGCACCAAGACGAGCGAAGCGAGGAAUCACGCGAAAUCGGUGAUCGAGCCGAAAGCACAGGUCGGACCGACCCUCGCCAAUAUAUUGAUCAGGCGAACUCAUAGCACGAAAUUGGCGAGAAGUACCAGUGCGUUGAUUAGAAGCGACAGGCACGAUUUUGCAGUCGAAGAAUUGCCGAAGAAUGUUGGAUUGGUAAUGGGUGCUGGGUUUGAGGAGAACGACACCGAUGGCGGCGUGCACUCAGACACUUCAUACGAGAAGGCAUGCAGAAGAGGCAGUGCUCCAGCCACCCCCGUGCUCGGUGCCCGACCACUCGACGUCACCCCCAAUCGUAUUGUCAACUUCUUCUCGAAGCGAUCGUUCCGAUCGAAUCCCUUGAAGAGGACGAAAAGCGUGACGAAGCUCGAGCGUCAAAAGCAACGAGGAGUUGGUGCUGGCGCAGCAGGACUACGCGGUUGCCGCUCGCACGAGUCGCUGCUUUGCGGCCAGGCGGUUACCUCGAUGGACCUUGCUGCCGUAACGCCAUUACAUCCGAGCUUACUUGGCAGGCCACAUUGUUUUCAAGUCGCAUCGAGCAAUGGCGGUCCCAAAUAUUUCAGCUGUCGCACUGCACACGAGCGGGAACAAUGGCUCCACAGUCUACGCAAGUCCGUGCAGCCGGAAGCCGAGCAGACCCGUCGUACCGACAAUUCGCUGCAGAUUUGGUUAUUGGAGGCCAAAGGCGUUGCAGCGAAGAAACGUUACUUCUGCGAGGUAUGCCUCGACUCGACAUUGUACGCUCGUACAACAGCCAAACUCAAGGCCGACCUGUGCUUUUGGGGCGAACGCUUCGAUUUCCAUCACCUGCCCGCCGUCAAUACCAUCCAGGUGAACCUCUACCGCGAGGCUGAUCGCAAGAAGAAGCGGGACAAGAGCGUUCUCGUUGGAUCAGUGAACAUCCCAGUGCACAACGUGACGUCGCGCUACUUGACGGAAAAAUGGUACCCCGUGGUGGGCGACAAGGGUCCGCUAAAAGAUCCGCCAUCGUUACGAGUGAAAUGCCGCUUUCAAAUCGUUGACAUACUACCGGUUCAAGUAUAUCAAGAGUUUUUGGAGUAUCUGAAAACUGACUAUCAGGCGCUUUGCGAAAAACUCGAGCCGGUCAUUGGAGUGAAAGCCAAGGAGGAUAUCGCCACUGCACUUGUUGCUGUUAUGCAGAGGGAGAAGAGGGCGCCACAGUUUUUGGCAGAUCUCGUUAUGAUGGACAUUCACCGAAUCGACGACGAAAAGCUGACAUUCCGUGGCAACAGCCUGGCAACGAAGGCAAUGGAAGCCUACUUGAAGCUCACGGGCGACCGUUACUUGCAAGAAACUUUGGGUCCAGUUGUGCGCGGCGUCGUGGAAGGUGGCGACUGCGAGGUCGAUCCCUUGAAAGUCGCCUCGGUCGCGGCCUUACACAAGCAGCAGCAGAAUCUUCGCGCUGCAGUCGAACUCGCUUGGAGCCGUAUUCUCGCAAGUCACUCGCACUUUCCCAUCGAGCUGAGGGAGUGCUUCCGUAUAUUCCGGGAGAGACUCGUUAAAAUGGACAGGGAAGACAUGGCUGACAAUCUUAUCUCUGCAUCGAUCUUUUUGAGAUUCUUGUGCCCUGCUAUUCUAAGCCCCUCGCUAUUUAAUAUCACGCACGAAUUCCCAAACGAAAAAGCCGGCAGGAAUUUAACACUGGUGGCAAAGACGCUGCAAACUCUGGCGAACUUUACGCGUUUCCAGGGCAAAGAAAAUUUCAUGGAAUUUAUGAACGACGUGCUAGAGCGCGAGGCGCCGUCGAUGAAACAUUUCUUACAAUUAAUUAGCUCUUCUCUACCAAAGGAAGCACCAAGCCAGUCAGUGGAAUAUGACGGUUACAUUGACUUGGGCAAACAGUUAUCUCUUCUCCACGCACUUCUUCGCGAAAGUGUUGCAGCAACAUCGUCAAACUCGCCCUCACCGUCACGCUUGCCAGAAAUACUCGACAGAAUCUCUCACGCACUCGACCAACCAGGGCCAUCACCCGUCCCAUCGACACUCCGCUAUCCAAAUAAUAUAUUUCGCUACAACGACCCAACAAUCGCCAACAGUAAUACCAACCUGUCAAUCUCUGCCGCGUCAACUCUCAGCAGUAACCACAGCACUUUGAACGGCACCAUCGGCGACAGUACCGAGAUACUCCAAAGCAAUACCCUCGGACAUAAUACGAAUAGUGCGACGAGGAGUCCGAACGUCGUAAGAGCUGCCACGUUACCACGAAAUGCUUAUAUGCCAGCGAACGGCAAGUUACAUUUGCAGAUCAAUAACGACGAAUACCCGUUGGAGCCGCCGGCAUUUAUAUCAAGGUCACCAACACCGAUCACGAGGCAGCAGCAUUUACAUCAACAACAACAUCAGCGAGCGUUCGUGAACAAUCGAAGUGGGCCAGGUUACAGGCUAACUACUAGCGCGAGCUUGGCCAAUGUCAAUCAUUGCCAGACGAGUCAUCCAAUAAGUCCAACGAGGUCCGAAAGUCACAGCAAUCUCAAAGACUCCAAUUACAAUAUCACUGGAAGUCAGCCGAACAAUAGUAUGGCGCAGCAUCGACAUAAUAUUACUAGAUUACAGAAUCUUGAUAUUCAUGACAGGUGCGAGGAUAAUUACAAUCACAACAAUUACAAUAUGACGAGGUCGGCGAGUAGGAACCAUUGUCAUAAGGAAGAAAAUGCUAACCAGACUCAUCAACAGAACUAUAAUAAUGUGACGAAGACUACAAUAAAUGCAAAUGGCCAUGGCACCUCAAAUAUUACUAUUAAUCAUCAGCCGAAUAAUAAUUAUCACAAUUCAAAGACUUCGACUGGUCAGCUUGCCAAUGGAAAUUUGGACGAGUUGUCAGAUUUGUUGAGGUAUGCCGAUGACGAGGUAUCCGAGUCGAAGAGUCAGAAAGGUUCGCAGAUCUCAAUAUCACAGCUCAGUAAUGUUGCUUCCUCCGGAUAUCAAAGUUUUGCCGCGUAUAGUCAAAGCUCGAGUCCCGUUGAGCUAACGACUAAUAACGCCAAUUCUCAUAUCCUCAAUAAUGCCCCAUUAGCUUUCGCUAACCCUGUUUACCACAUGGAAUCGAAUCACCAUGGACGUAAUGGUCGACGAGGUAGCACGAGUUCCGACGAGAGGGAAGGUAGCAAUGGUGGUGUGGAAAAUGUCAGAGGAGUUGAUCUGAGUCCAUCACCGCCAAUGUUGGCACAGAAUGCUAGAAAUUUACAGAGGAAUGGAUUACAGUGGAGGCCAAAUAACUCGGCGAUAAGGCCGGGAAACAAUGAUCAGUCACAAAACAACGUCUGCUGCACGAAACUCAGGAGAAGGUUAUCGCUUGAUUCUACCAGAGAUCUAUCGGACACCAGUGAGGAAGAGAGUUGCACUGCGAGAAGGAGCAAAUCUAGAAGUCACAGGAGUAUCGAUCAGUACGAAGUGGAAAUCGAGAGGCUGCAAAGCAGCGUCGACCGUUUGCGUGCCCGACUGGGUGCCGUCGAGGAUGGGGAUGAUAUCGGACCGGACAGCAAAAUGAAAAGCAUCAUCUCCAGUCACAACGCGCUCAACACACAAAACUGCUGCUUCUUCUACGUUCCACAAAAUGUUGUGCUGAUAACCGUGGAGGAGGAGUUGCGUCGCGAGCAACAAAAGAUGUCGGCAGCGUUGUCGUACAAGCAGCGCGUGAUCGACGCGCAGGAGCAGCAGAUAGCCGCCUUGGACGCGGCGAAUUCGCGCCUCAUGUCGUCGAAUACAAGACUGUUGUCCGCAUUAAGUACGCUGAGGGAGCGCUAUCACGCCGGAAACAGCAGCAGCAGCAAAUCAACUAACGGACCGAGCAACAACAACUCCACGACGAAUGACUCGCAAGCUGAAGCAACUGUUACCUUGUUACAGAACAUCGCCGAUAUCAAUGAGCUUAAAAGCUCAUCCUGUUGAACAACACACUCACACCAACACACGCACUCAAGUAGCCUUAGAAUUUCGUGGGAUUGUGGCGUCGAUUUCAGCGAGUUUAAUAUCUGGUCGACCGAGAACUUCGUUCAUUGUGUUUAUUAUAUUGUACAUUUUCACUGUCUCUUCACCUCUCUAUCUCUGUCUCCAUAGAUUUAUGAUUUAUCCAUUGCCGCAUAUAUUAUUCGCUGUUCAGUAAUUUAUCGUUCGUUGUAAUGGUUAUUCUAUGAGUAUUUUAGAUAUAAGUUUUAUAGCGAUUAAGUGGAACAAGCCUUUACCGACUAGAAAUUGAACUUAAGAGAAUAUCGACGAUCGUGCGCGCGCUACGACGUUUUGAUAAAUAAAAAUUGAUUUGUUUUCUUUUCUCGAUCAAGAACUGAUGCGGAUAACUUCGAUGAACCGUUGUCGAACAAUUAGACAUAAUUACUUAUACUAAAAUUAUCUUUUUUAUCGCCUAUAAAAAAAACACAGCUCAGCUAGUUUAUCAAUAAAGUGCUAUUUUAAAACGAGUAGUAUGAAAAAGCAACAUAUAACGAAUAAAUUUGACACAAUUUUAUCGAAAUGAAACCUUUCACAUAAGCAAUCGAUCAUCUCGAAGAUUUAUGGUCAGUUCUUGCUUUCGAUUAGUUUGUUGUUUUUGGUAGUUGUAUCAAAGAAGGUUAAGAUGAACUUUAAACAAACUUGAUUUAUUGUUUUUUUUUUUUUUUUGACGAUGUUGGAAAACAAAGGUUGAAUUAUGCAAUAAAGAGGCGGAUUUUGAAUAUUGAAUAAUGACAUUUCUUCUGCUUCACGUGACGUUAACUGUUAGUCGUGUAAAGCAAGAAAUUAUAAAAUCUUGAUUUCCUUGUACGUAUUGUGGAGUGUAUCUGCAAAAUUUUGCUCGUUGAAUUGAAAAGAUAUGUUUAUGCGCGCUGAUUAGAGGCUACCUAGCAAUUAGGCAGACAAAAACAGAGAUAUUUAUCACUGCUACAAUAUAGCAUGAUUGAGUAGAUUAAUUUUUAAGUAGAACUACACUCGACUUUAAUGUAAAAGUCUCUUUAAGAUUAAUGAAUAACAAUUAGCAUAUUUGAUGGUAUAUCUGACGCAACGAGUUCAAAUUAUUGUGUACAGUUAUUAUUACUAUUAUAUACGUACCCUUUUCUCUAUUUUUCUUAAGCACCGAUGAAUUUGGAUAAUGGACGAAUAGUUACUCUUUCUUUAGAGUAUUACGUGACGAUAUGAUUUUUACAAUGUGUUUUUAUACUGUACUUAGCGCAUUUUCAACGCACAAACAUGAGUCUCUAAAUGAUGCACGAAAGAAUUAUUAUAAUUUUUUUCGUGAAAAACAUGUUACCUGAUCGAUCGGUUGCUUUCGAUUUUUUUUCUAUAAUAUUAAUUGCACGCCAUUCAGUAUAGUGGAGCUUGCGCGGAACUGUUUUUUUUUUAAUGUGUAGAGUGAAACUCGCACGAGGGCCCAGCAAAUUUCGUUCGCUGAGUGUCCAUGUAAAAAAGUACUCGGUAUCUCAAAAUGAUAAGCCGUACUUUGUAAGCGAUAAAUAUUUAUUUAGUAGUUUUUACCAAAGAAUACAAACACAAAAAUAAAAAAUAUCUUUUCGCAUUGUACAAUCUUUACUCGGAUUUUUUCCUGUAAAAUAAAUGUGUUCUUUCUUCUCUUUUCUUCUGUCUUGUAGCACGAGCGAAAAAUAUUUACAAAAUAAAGGAACGAAGUGCGAAUUGCGAUGUGAAAGAAUCGCAUUGAACUUUUCUUGAAAAAUCUCACGGAUUUUCUGACGAAUUUUCGAUAAAUCUAAUAUAUACAAUUUAUUGAUAUACAUGCGUUUCUUACACAUAGCAUUUUAUAUGGAUGCACAGGGAUGACAAACAAAUAAAUUAAUAAAGAAAUGUGCGUUUUUACACUCGCAACUAAUGAUGACGAUUUGUGAAAAAUAAACGUUGCGCACCACAUGACAAUUAAAUGUUUAUCCGCCUUUAUACACGAGAGCGAGUUGCGUUUUUACAUCACAAUCAUCGUAGAACUACAAGAUAAUGCAUCAUCCUAGAUUUAUAAUACAAUGUACGAGUGGAUUUGCAUGGAUGAAUUAUGCAAGGAAUAUGACUGACUGAGAGAUUUAUAACGUAGUCUAAUCCCGAAAAAAGUAUUAUUUCGUCAAUAUGUACAAUUGAAUUGUCAUUGAGUCGAGAUUGAGAUGUUUAUUGAAGAUGAAAAAUAAACUUUCUUUCUGUAAAAGUAAUUAUACUGUAUAGGAAUGAUAUUUUUGUUGUUUAUUUCUUUUUUUAUACUUUUUUUUUGUCGAGAGAAUCGAAUGAUUAUUGCUUUUUCGAGAGAAGGCAUCUGCAAACAUGAGAUUAAUAUAUAUUUAACCACUUACUGCAAUGAAUGCUGUAACCGAUAAAAUGAUUUUUGAAAAGAAAUCUAUUUAUAAAUUGAAUAUACAGCGUGUAAAUUACCUAAGUUUCGUAUAUUUUUUCUGUACUAGAAAACUGUAUUUAAGCGUAUAUGAAGCAUUAGAUCUAUACAAACAAAUAAACUUGAUUAGA